GAACAGGUUGGUGUUUCGUUUAAACUAGCCUUGCACAGGGUGGGUGGGGUAAUACGAUGUGUGUUUGAACAGACAAGGUAAAGUCUCCUGUUGUAAUACGUGCUCAGGCAAAGAACGGGCAUGAAUGGAAUCUUUUACAUCUAACACUGGAGAGACCGUAUGCUAAAGGAUUACCCACUCUUUGGAAAUAACUGAAUUGAAUGUUAACUUAAACCACAAUGGAGGCAACCAGUGAUACCACAAAGAUCCUGGAGAAGGGUCCUGAAUACCUUCGAAAGCAAAUGGAACUGGAGAGUGAGACAAAAGGACGCAUGAGUGCUGUGGAGAGGCUCGCUGCAAGCAAACCAAAAUAUGUCAAAAGCCAACAGGUGGUCAACUCAACUCAGGAGCCAGUGAUCAGUCUUGGAUCAGCCUCGGUGAGUAGCACUGGGUCUUCUAACCGGAGCUUGAACCAUUGUGGGAAUCUUGUCAUAGGGAGUAACUCAAGAGAGGCUACAUGUGGUGCACAAAUCAACAGCUUACCAGGGCAGGUACGUCGGUCCAGCUCCAAAAAUCGACGAGACUCGCUUCUGCUUUACAGACAGAAAUGUGAGUUACUGAGAGGAUCAGAAAAUGACCGGAAACAUCCUAUAACACGCAAGUUGCUCAGCUCUAAAAAUGUUUUAUUACCUGAGGCAACAGAUAAGGAGUGUGAAGCUGAGUACAACAAGGACAAAAUCACCACACCUGAGGGAACAGCAAAGGAAUGCAGCUCACAAUCAGAGAGGAGGAGGAAUGGAGUAGCAGAGCAACAUAGCACAGAAUACAGUGAUCCUGGAUCUAAGAUGACAGCGGGUGUUGUGAAGAAAUCUGCUGGGCUCCUAACGGUUCCUGAGUUUGAAAGCAGGUCUGGCAAAGGAGUAAGUCGUUCUCACUCCGACAUCAGCUCCAGGUACUCCAAGAACUUUGCAGACUUUGAUGCUUUUUUCAAGUACUGUGGGCUGGGCAGUGAGGUUAUUGAAUCUUUUGGGAAGGACAACUUCUCGGUGCGCUCAGAUGAAAUUGCGAUAAACAUCCGGAGUGUCAGCAUCUCUACAUCAGACGACGGCUUCUCCAGGAACAGUGGUGACAGCGACGGACUAAUGGAAGACAAGCUACAUGAAAAGAUACGUCAAGAGACGUCAGUUAUUGAGCGCAAUGCAAGGAUUAUCAAAUGGCUGUACAGCUGCAGAAAUGCUAUAGAGACCGGAAAAAAGUUAAGAGACCUUGAUUGAGAUUAAGACAGAGGCCAUAUGCUUAAGUAAGACUGUUGUAUAGAUGACACUAACUCCUGGCUUUUGUUUGUGGACUGACUUCUGGUCUCUGUGCUGUCAUUGUGUCAUUGUGUGCCAAUUUCAGCAGACACUUCACAGAAAAAAAGGUUUAGCGUGUUUGCUCUGUUAAAACUUGCAUAAAGCUAGCUCUGCCACAUUGGGGCCACAUAAAUUGCGCAGAAAGCCCCACAUCACACACAUAGAAAUACAAAAGCUGUCCUCAAAUUUUCAUCUUAAACUUGUAUUUUAAGGUCUAAUAAAUGUGCAUAUGUGCACACUUUAAUACAGGAAAUCUGGAAGAGUAGGCUACAUAAGAACACAUUUUGGUUUGCCAGGUUGUUAAACAAAUCCUUAGACUGUUGUUUUUCCCCUCUAUUUGAUAAUAAUGCAGUUGUCUCAAAUGUCAUUAUUCCAUUAAUAAAUGCUUAAUAAUUUGUUUAAUAAAUUGAUUUUGUUCAGUUCUGCUGCAAGGUACACUGCCGUCAUUCACCUCAACACAGAAAUGUUUCUUUUUAAUGGCUUGUAACUAAGCUAUAAAACAUAAGUCAAAUAUAGUAUAUUAUCCAUCUAAUAAGCUAUUGGUUAUGAAACAUUUAUAAAAGGUUUUAGAAAGUGGCACCAGCAUAAAGGCUUAAAGCUGAUGUGAUGGCAUAUGAAACAUUUCAGGGGGUCCAAUACUCAUUAUCAUAAAUGAUGUUCCUCACUACAAUCUGAAAUCCUAUCUUAUCUCAGUUUAGGAUGACAUUUAGGAUUUUUGGUAUUACAAAAUAACCACUGCAUUUAGGAAAAAAUCCUAAAUUUUUCUCCUAUUCAGAAAUAUUGUGUGGAAGGGCCAGACCUUCCUCUGCAGCGCUGUGGAGAUAGGUCUGGCAAUGCGAGACUCAACACGGUCUCACCCCUAUUCGUCACCAGGGUCUUUAGCAUUAAAGUGCCCUUAAAUCAUAAUUUAUGUAACCUACUUCUUAAGAUCACAAUCCAAUAAGUGUAUACACGGCAUUCCUCUCCAGGUGAAAGGUGUACAUUCCAUCACACGCACGCGCACACACACACACACACACACACACACACACACACACACACACACACACACACACAAACCAGGAGCAGAGAGAUCUGCUCCUUUCAUGUAUAAUUGUGGUCAAGCAUUUAUUGUUAACAGUAAUAAUACUGCAUUGUUAAAUUUAACUACAGCCAGACAAAAAGGCUUGUAGGUUGUGGUUAUUUUCCAACCAAAGAAUCAGUUACUCGCUGAGUUCUGUGUGAGAGGAAUGUACCUAAUAAUCUGAUAGGCUUAAAUCCAGUGACCCGAUGUAACUGUAACUCUGCUUCUCUCCCAAUCUCUGUCUGCUUUAUCUCUUGACCACUUUCUUUCUGUCUUUUAGCCAACUUUCUAUGCUGAUCAGAGGCUGUAACAUUAGUGGGGGAAAAGCAACGGACAGACUAUUGAAGUGGAAUUACCCACUCAGAAACAAACAAUAUUUAUGUGCAGUAUAUGCUAAUAGAUACUCAUUACUCAGCUGCACCCAUGUUGCACCCAUGUUGUUGACACGCCUUUCACUUCUCCAGAAGCCUGGCUGACUGUUUCACAUCAAGACAAGUCAUGUCAUGCCCUCUCCUCUUGUUUACUGCCAGCUACUUCUUAAAAUGCAGUUGAUAAUUUAGUUAGAAAAGGGACACUUAUCGUUUCAUAUGUGGUUCAACCUACAGAAAUGUAUUGACUGAAAAUGUAGACUACUUGCAUUGCUAAAGGCUUGUAAAUGUCUUCUUAUAUUGGAAUUUGUAUGAUGUAAAAGUUUUAGUAUUACUAAUCCACCACUUAAAACUUGUUUAACUGCUGCCUGUGUAACACUGUUUUAUACGGAAGUACUGCAAAAGAUUGCUACAGUGAAUAAAGUUGCAAUUUUUCUCACAA